AUGGCGAAUACUGCUUUAUUAGCUAGUACAAGAAAACAAACAUUUAUUUCUCUUCGCGGUCUUUCACAUGAAGUUUGUGUCGCAGCUACACAAGUAGAAUAUUGGCAACAGUUAACGAAAAAUUCAAAUAUUUCAAUUACAUGCAAUGGUAACUAUGUACCAGGAGAAUUAGAAUCGAUUUGCGCUGAUGAAGACGAACCAAGACUUCAACUAGUAAUUGAAUCGCAUUAUGAAAACGAUAGAAAACAAUUUGAUGGUAUUUGUACACGUAUUCAUUAUGAUUUAAUAUCGUUUGAAAACAAUGAUCGACCUAUCUAUGAUCCGGAUAGACAUCAACUUAUAGUUUAUGGGUCGUUGUUUAAUUCUCUUCCUUCGGACAUGUUUGAUACAGAACGGUAUCUAUUGGGUCAACGCAAUUGUAAUAUAAAAAAAAUUCGAAAUUCAUUAGCUUGUUCUAUUUCGAUUGAUUCAUCAAUGGCACGACGCCAUUGUUUUAUUAUUUAUCAUGAAAAACAAACUAUCAUGGAUCUUGCAGCUAUCGAACUUCAAGCACUUGUUAGACAAGCACAAAAUCAUUAUAUAAUGUGCUAUGCAACGAAAAUUGGACGAACUUUGAUUGGUCCGAUAGAACGAAUGGAAACAAUGGAAAGUAACAUACUAUCAUCAAAUCCAGAAGAAUUUCCAUCAUAUACACCAUUUCAACCUAAUGUAAAACGAAAACGUAUGGAAGGUGAAGAACAUGCACUAGCAAAGAAUCAGCCCAUCAUCGAUUCUGAUCAAAGCGAUGAUGAAACAAUAGACAAUGACAAACGAGAACAACGUCGUGAACAAAUUGAACUUCUGCUCAAUGGCAUUUGUGAACGAAUGCUAGCUCGUACACCAAAGGACCACGUAGCAAAAGCUCGUGAAGAUUCUAGUCAAAUAAAAUCUUAUUUUCGUAAUACAAUUGUAUCGAAAACUGGUAAUAAUGAUACGGAAUUUUCAAUUGAACUAGUUGAACAUGAAAUUGAUUUACGUACACGUGGUAUAAAUGAACAUAAAUGUACGUUAGUAUUUAAUAAACAAUUAAAAGUGGGCAGUGGCAUACGCGACCGUCUAAAGCGAAGUGCAAAAGUUCGUGCUUAUGAAAAAUUAAAAACAUUCACCCGAGACGCACCAAGAGAAAAUCUAGUAUUAAAACCAACAAAAGACGGUCUUUGGAAAGUUGUUAUGAAACCUUUGGACAAUUAA